CUUGGAUAAAGUCUGUGUGCGUCCAGUCUGAUGUGUGCUAGUUCCACCUCUUUCCUCUCAUCAUGAUGGUGUACCUUUUUGCCACUCUGCUUUGGUGGGCUGCAGCUCUUCCUGGCCUCCUUGCGGCGCCAUCUUUGCCGGCAGUCACCUGUGACAAGGAAAGUGUGGUGGCGGCUGCGAGACUCGGUGUCCACCACAUCAACGGAAACCACAAGCAUGGAUUCAGGUUUAACCUGCAGGAGGUCCAGAGCAGCAGAUAUCAACAGGUUUCAGGAGGUUGCCACAUAGAUGUGAACGUUAAGCUGGUGCAGACUAAAUGUCACUUUACCAAGCCCGUACUUGAUGAUGACGAAUGUGAGCUGUGGCAACGGGAUGAACGGGGUGCCGUUGCCACCUGCAGCAUUGAAUUUUGGGUUAUGCGUGAAGUGGCCAGAGUCACCAGACACGAAUGCACCACCAGACCAGAACUUACCAACGAGGAGCUGGUGACACUUUGUCCCACUUGCCCCAAGUUGCUGCCUCUGGAUGACCCGACAGCCGUGAAGGCUGUUAAUGAUGCUGUGGUCAAGUUCAACCGGGAGAGCAAACAGAAGAAUUACUUCACCCUGAUGGAAGUAUCUCACGUGACAAUGGGGUCUGUUGCAAGCAUCGGCACAAUCACCUCUCUCAUGUUUGCCCUGGUUGAGACCACGUGUCCCAGAGGUGCCAGAAAUACUCUUGUACCCUGCACUCCUCGCUGUCCGGACAGAGCUGACCAUGCCUUUUGUCGAACCACCUAUUACAAUUUGCACAGACAAGUGGGAGAACUUCAUUGUGAAAUCUAUCUACCAAAGAAUCCAGGCCCCCACCCAACUGAUGUGCCAGAGCCUGUGUGCAGGCCGUUGUUCCACCAAAGUCCAGAAGCUUGUCUUUGCAAGGAGCGGUUGAACUACCCUGAUCUAGCAAUUCACCACAUUUGUCCCUUCCCACUUAAGUGAUAUUACUUGAUUUUUAUGGAAAUAAAAGUACUCUGAAUAUUU